AUGUCCACUCCAGUUGACACCUCUUUGACUGGUCUCAAGGCAUCCACUGCCCAGAUCAUGGCCAUCAUCAGCAGCACCCAGCAAAUUCCCCCAGAUCCCAGCCACUUUGCUCUGACAUCACAGGUCAGUUCACUUGUGGCUCAUGUAGUCAAGGACUAUGGGUCUGGACCCCUACCCAGCAUUGUGCUUUCAUGCUCAAAGGAGCUAUUGCACAUCCAGGGCAUGACUCCCCAGCUCCUUGCCUGGGAGGUCUUAGGUGACCAUACCUUUGAUCUCCCAGUUGCUGCUCCUCCCUCCACAGGUCCAAUUCCAGUGGACCUUCCCUCCCCACCCAUCCACGCUGGCAAUGUCACCAGUCCCUCCACCAGCACCACCACCAAGUUCUGGGACAAGGGGAAAGGUAAGGCCAUUGAUGCUGACCCAGAGCUUGAGGUGGAAGGGAGCUGGAAGAGGAAGUCUCCCAUGAUUUCAGGACUCUCCUCCCAACUGCCAAAGUCUGUGAUGAAGACUCACAAGCAUGUGAAGUCCUCUCACUGGGUGAUGUCCAAGCCCCAAGUGGACUCAGAAGAUGAAGAAGAUGUGGGUAUUCAGGUGGAGUGCCAGGCAUUGUCCUUCCCUGGCUCUCCAAUUCACCUCAAUCACCCUGGUGUGACAAUUAUACCGGCACUAGGCACAUAUGAUCACCAGCAUGGUUCUUCUCACUACCAGGAAAGGAGAUAA